GUCAAGCACAUGUCAGGCACUUGAAUUUUUUGAGUUCCGUUCGCGGGUGAAAGAAUUGGUAUUGUAAAUUACCGGUCGAAUUUUGAGGAAACGUUGCAAUUGUUUUAAUUUUCACCAUGAAUGAAACGAUACUUAUACCAUCGCCGAAUUGGUUCUUCCCGUCUGUUAUGGCUGUGAGUUCCGAUGGCUGGCUUAUUUAUGGAGGACCGAGUAAAAGUAUUUGUGUUUGUGAACCACAAAAGAAAGACACCGGUCUCAUAGCUGCAAAAGAGAAAUAUCAGGCUCACGUUUUUUUCGUAGGAAAUUCGGAGAGGAUUGUGUCAGUCGACAUAUCUCCAGAAUGGUUAGAAAAAAAGUCAUUCGUCUCUGGUGCUCAAGAUGGUACUGUGAAACAAUGGUUUAUACAAAAAGAUAAUGACAAAAUGAAAAUCAAAGACCCACAUUGCCAUGAAUUUCACAAAACUGCAAAUGAAGAUUUAGUUGGAGUUGGUUACAGUAACGCAACAACAGCUAUUUCAGUCGGAGCUCAUAACAAUAUAGUAAAAUGGGACUUAGCCUCAAAUGUUACCAAAGUGUACAACCAUUUUAUGAAGACCUUCCGAGCUACAUGCAUGGCAUGUUCCCCUCAUGUGUCAUUACAGGUGGCUGUAGGGACUAAACAGGGUGUAGUCUUCCUUAUUGAUCUUCAUGGUAAAGGAAAACUUCUUUACAAAGUCCGAGGCCAAGAUGACCCAGUAAUGUAUGUAAGUUGGUGUCCAAAAUAUGUAGCGACAGUAGUAAACAAAGGUAAAGAAGUUCAAUCGUCACUUGCUGAAAGGCUACAAGCUAUAAGAAAAGAAGCAGAACAGGAAUCAGAACAAUUAGAACAGUCGGGACUUGAGAAGGAUCUUCCGGAAGACAGUUUCGAUGAGUCCAUAGUACAGGAGGAUGAUACCUUUGACAUCUACAAAGAUCAUGAACAUGAUGAGUUUGGUCACAAAAAGUAUGAACCAGAAAGUAUUAGAGUAAAAGUGAAGAAGGAGGAAUCUGCAGAAACAGAUUAUUUGGCUGAAUGUUUAAAGUUAAAAGAGGAGAUACUGAAGAGAAAAAAUCAACCAGAAUCAAGUAUAGAGUCCUUAGUUAAUGCAUUAGAUGGGACCCAUGUUGAAAGUGACAAUGAUGGUCAAGUUGCCCAACCUGCUGCAGAAAAUCCUCAAGAAUUGCCCGAACCAGCUACGAGUUCAGUGAAGACUGUCAAAAUAAGUGGCCGCACUAGUCAAGAGUAUAAGCAUCUGCUUGCAUCAGUAGGAAAAGUUGGAGGAGUUCGAAUAUGGUCCGAAACAGGUAAACUAGUGGCUACUAGUGUUAUUCCAGCUGUUCCAAAAAGUGCUAUGAAAGGAAAUUUCGUCACUUCAUUACUGUGGUUCUCUCCAACAUCACUUCUUGUUAUUGAUGGCAGAAACCAACUUUUGGAAAUUAAUCCAUUAAGAAUUGACAAAAAGAAUAAACUAGAUUGGCGUGUACUGAAGCACUUGCACAAACGUGGGAUGUACUGUAUCAAGACCAAUGCGCCAUUAGUCCAAAAGGACGACAUUCAGAGUUCAGAUGAUUGGUCCAUUUGGACCGUGGCACAGGACAGGACUAUUAUACGGUAUUGUGUAAAGAAGAAGAAGACUUUGGCUGUUCACGCGACUGCUGGGGGAUCUGUGUAUGCAGUGGCUGCUUGUCCCUAUGAUGCUGGAAGGGUAGCAGUGAGCGUAGGAGAUGGUGCGGUCCGUGUAAUGGAGAGUGCCACUCUCGUAGACGACGACAUGAAACUCACGCCGGCACGGGUAUACUCCUACUGGCAGAACGUUCAAGGAAAAGUCCUCAACGUCGCCUGGCAUCCCACUAGAGAAAACAUGUUAGCAUAUUCUACUGGAGAAUCGAGAGUGGGUGUUAUAGACACUAGCAGUAAAUCGGAAUCGGGCCGAGUUUUGAACUCCGCCCUCAGCCACGGCGUGUACUCUUUGAGCUGGGGAGAAGACAUGAACUUGUACGCCAGUGGCGGUUGCAAACUGGUCAUGUAUAACGCACAGCAUCCAAAUCAAGACCCGCAACAGCUGGACAUAACAAUAGAAGGCCAGAAGUGGGACAUAUGUGCGGUGUCAUGGUUCCCUCGCGGGUUAUUCGUGGGCUCAGCCAAUGGUGGGGUCGCUCUACUCACACCUAGCCACCCACACACACUCAUUGUUGCUGAUUUCGUGUUCAACAAAAUGAUACAUGCAAUCGAGUGGCACCCACAACAGACAUCGAGUUCGACCGAGGAGUCCCCAUACAAGAACCUCAUUGCUGUAACCUCCUUGGAUAAGGAUUGUGGCAUUGCCAUAGUUGAAUAUGUAACUGGAGAAGAUGGGUCAAAGAAGUUGAGUACAUGGAAGACAUUGUUUGGACACACGAAGGCGGUGCUCCAGGCUGCUUGGAACCCACAUCGAGAUGGAAUACUGCUCUCCUCAUCACAGGAUACUACUGUUAGGGUAUGGGAUAUAUCAACGGGUAUUUGUACAUCAAUAUUCGGCGGUCACUCGACAGUUUCACUCGGUGUGUGUUGGAUGCCACAGCCCCAACUAGCUGACUACGUCAUGUCGGGCGGCGGGGAGUUCUGUUUGAGGUUAUGGAACAUAAACGACCAUAAAACUGAAAACUUUGUUGCCGAAACCGGUCCAGUAGUUAAAAAGCGUCAACGCAGAAGAGGGAAAAAAGGAACUGUCGAAGUUAGCUCAGCUGAAGAAGACCACGUAGCACUACAAACUGCUCUCACCAGCAAAUAUUCGAAACCAUCAAAGAAAUUCCUUCUACCAAUCAUGUUUAAACAGUUCAAUGACCCUAUCAGAAGAUUAGACGCUCCCAGGAAGAUGUUACAAAUGUGGUUAGAAAAGAACGAAAAUAAGUUGAAAGAAAAUGGAGGUUCAAGUAGUCCAACUGCACAAGAUUUGUCUGUGACAACAUCCAAAGAAAAUGGUGCCGAAAUUGAUGAGAAAGCAAAUCAUGAUUUGGCAAAGUCAGUAAGUGAUAGAAAUGAAGGAGUUAAAGUUAGUACGGCUGAUAGUGGAGUUCUCUACGAACCCAUAGAGUCUAGUUUAGAUUUCAUCAAGAUCUUUGGUACCGUUAAGGAGGUUAAUGAAUUUUUGGAUAUGGAAAUGAACGGGCAUUUGGUAGAGCAGUAUCACCCGGAGGCAUAUAUAAUGUUGUCGAUAAUACGUGGCCAUAUUGACACUAUGAUACAGUUUGCUAGUGAGCGCGAUAUGCUCUGCCCCUUCCUGCUUAGUAUGGCGCCCUGCGUGUCUUUUAAAUAUUGGAAAGACGCUACUCAGUUAUAUUUGAAACAAAUUGAUCGAGUGGUGGCCAGAGGAGAAGAGGACAGGAUAUUUGAAAACAAGCAUUACGGAGGCUCAAAGUUCCGUAAAGCCGCCAUACAGUUGAGCAUGCAUGACGUCAUGGGUGCCGUCAAAACGCUCUGCGAAGGAAAACUUUACAAGGAAGCGUAUAUACUAUGCCGGCUAAGGUACAUGGAUAAUGUAGCUGAGGAAAUAUUGGCUGAAUGGGCUGAAGAGCUGGCACUUAGUGGGCAAAUGAAUAUGUCGGCAUUCCUCUACAUAGUCCUAGGCAAUCUGUCUCAAGCAGCACAAGUUCUAGCCAAGUCUCAAAAGGUAGAUUUCCUUAAAUUGGCUGCAGAAAUCGCAAAGAUCGCUGGGCGGAACACGUUUGCGGACCAUGUGACGAAAAAAGUUAAUCAAACUGAGGCACAAAUGACAACAGACAAGACUGAAGAAAUUUUAAAGGAAUUACCGUCAAAAAUAGAUCUCCUUAUGAAGGAUGAAAUUACAAAAGCUUGUGAUAAUAGUAAAAGUGAUAUUUUAAAUGGUGAAACCUCGAACUCUGUUGCAUUGAAUGGUGAUAAUAAAACUAAUGAAUAAGCUGUUACUAGUUUUUUUGUUAAAAUAAUGAGAGUAUUUUUCCAAAAUAAUGUUUUAAUGUCACGAAAUAAAAUUAGUUUUAAUUUUAUCGAUUCAGUAACGUUAAACAUUAUGUCAAUUUAUAAAC